AUGUCAUCUCCAGAUUUAGAUGAUGAGUAUGAUGAAAUUUUUGAUGAAAAUUUUGAUAGACUAUUUCAAAAUUGCCUAGAUGAUUAUGGCAAUGAUCAAGAGACAACUAGUUCAAGGCAGCCAAGAGCUUUUAUUGAAAGAGGACGCGAGGAAGGUCACACUCUUUUAUGGAAUGAUUAUUUCCGCGAAAAGGCUACUUACUCUCACGCUAGUUUCCGUCGUCGUUUCCGAAUGAACAAGUCAUUGUUCAUACGUAUUGUUGAUGCAUUAUCCAAUGAAGUACCAUAUUUCCAACAAAGAAGAGAUGCUACGGGAAGGUUGAGUCUCUCUGCAUUACAAAAGUGUACAGCAGCCAUUCGUAUUUUGGCAUAUGGUUGUGCAGCUGAUGCGGUGGAUGAAUACCUCCGCCUCGCAGUUUUUGAUGACAUAAUAGAAGGUCGAGCUCCGAGAGUAGAUUACUUUGUCAAUGGUCGACAUUACAAUAUAGCUUACUACCUCACUGAUGGUAUAUAUCCGAGAUGGGCAACAUUCAUCCAAUCAAUUUCACUUCCACAAGAUCCGAAAGCAUCAUUAUUUGCUCAAUGUCAAGAAUCUUGCCGAAAAGAUGUUGAACGUACUUUCGGAGUCUUGCAAGCUCGAUUUGCAAUUGUUAAAAAUCCAGCACUUUUUUUGGAUAAGGCAAAAAUAGGAAAGAUCAUGAGAGCAUGUAUCAUAUUGCACAAUAUGAUUGUAGAAGAUGAACGAGAUGGAUACAGUCUGUACAACAUAGCAAUAUUCUAUCGAGGAGAAGGAAGCGGGACUUCACAUGUCGAUUUAGCAUAUUCUACCGAAAAGAUUACCGAUCUGAACAAUGUGAUGACCGCUUGGAAUCAAGUUCGUGAUACAGUGAUACAUCGACGGUUGAAAGCUGAUUUGGUUGAACAUAUCUGGCAAAAAUUUGCCACAACUCAAGAUUAA